UAUACUUAUAGAUAUUUAUGGGAAGAAAAAAUAGAGACUUAUCUUAUUUGAAACCCUUUUGUUUUUACUGUGAUAAAACAUUUAAAAAUGAAGUGUACUUGCAUUAGCAUUAAAAAGCUAAGCAUUUCACAUGCUAGAGAUGCUUCAAGAAGUUUUCAUCAUGCGAUUCAUUAAAAAAUCAUGUUGAAUCUGCUCAUCAUGAAGUUUUGACCAAGUUUAAAGGAUUAUUCUUAUUUUAGAAUUCCCAAUGCCACUGGUGAUAGGAGUGAUAUUAAAAAUAAAAUAUUUGGAAUGCAAGGAGUACCAAGAGUAGAAAUUGAAAAGAGAAUAAGAAAAGGAGCUGAAGAAUAUUGGACCAAAAUAUUAAGUGCUCAAUAUUAGCAAAGAAGAAAAGAGAAUAAAUAAAGAAUGAAGUAGAAUAGGGAAAUAAGUAAAAAAGAAAACUAAUAAGAUGUUAAAAUAGAUGUAAGAUUUAUAUUAUAAUAUCUAAUUAGAAUGAAAAAGAAGAAAUUGAGUAGCAUGAAUAUAAUCCAGAAGCUAAACCCAUCAGUUUUGAUCUAGAUUAUGAGUAAUUGCAAAAACAAUGAUAUAUUAUAUACCUCAUGCAGC